AUGUUCUACUCCUCCCGUGGCGGGCUUCCGCCGUACUCAGCAAUCCACGGUGGAAGAAGCAACAGAGGCAGCUGGCGUAGCGGUCGUUCAGACAACAAGGUCUCGAACGAGACCACGACACCACCGCGCGGCGCCCUCAUCGAAAGUCUCAUCCAUGAAGACCUGCUGUCAGUUCCAGCUUUUCAAGUGGCAAAGACAUCUAUCCAGAACUGUCAGUACUUGGUCUCAUUCAGCUGGUUGAAGAAGAAACAACCCACGAUUGUCACCCCUGACUCCUCCACCUACUUCCGCGACAUCAACGCAACCCACUACCCAACCCACCUAAUCGAGCCAGCCUUCGUCGUCGAGACGGUCGGUGAUACAUUGUUUCUGGUCCGUCGGGAGAAGAGUCUGGAUGAGCAGAUCAUGGACAUGUACGGAUACGGACAUUCUUUUCCGGAGGCGUACACGGAGCUGGAGGAGUGUGUCAAGGAAGCCGACUUGCACCAGCGGCUGAUCAAGUAUGAUUUUGCUGGCUUCCAGUGCAUUGUGCGGUAUGAGGGCGAUGGGUACCUCCCAGAGAACAUCGAAGCUGGCCUGCAGACGCAAGACAUCGGACUCCUACCACACCUGGAAGGCUUGAAACUGCUGCGGGGAGGCAAGAGUGUCCCCCAAGAAGCCAUGUCCGAUCUCAAAACCAGCUCAGCCAAGAAGCAGCUGGCCCUCGAAGACGUCCCGAACUUCAUCCUGGCCAACCACACAUCCGGUGUCUUCCACGACGUCCAGCUUCAGGGUGUGCGCCAGAGCCUCCUCGAAUGGGAGGAGGCUCAUCAGGGCGAUAUCAAGGUGCUCUCAGCCGCUUUGACCAAGAAUGUUCAGUUCGCGCACAGCCGCCCGGGUGAGAGGUUUGAGGUCUGCUCUGGCGCUGCUGGGGUGCUUGAGAUCCGUCAGGUCGGUGGGCAGUUCCCGAACGCUCUGCCCGAAGACCCGGUACGUCUGUGGGCAGGGAGCAAGGAUGAGCAGGAUGGCUCUGAUGUGGGCUCCAACGGAGAUUCGGAUGUUGGUGUUGGCUCUGAUACCGAAGGCGGCGUGGACUUCCUGUCGGAUGAAGAUGAGGAGCAGGACUUCACGGCAUGUUCAGAGGGCUGCGGUUACUGUGGAAGAUGCAGAUAUCGUUGA